AUUUAUUAUUAUUAUUAACCUUUUAAUUGUUUAUUUUUGAAGAAAUGAAGACCUUCAGUGUUGUUUUGGUUUUGGUUGCCUUGUUUGCCGUUGGUGGAUAUUCAUUAAAUGCCACUUAUGGCAAUGUUACGAGAUAUAGCGCAGUGUUGGCCAGGGAGAGGGUUAUCAAAUUUCCCCGAAAUGGACAGUAUUUAACCUUUGAUGUGGUCUUCCCGAAAAGUGGUCAAACAAAUAACAAAACCAUUGGAGGAAUUCGAGUUACCGAUCACUUCAAUAACAAGACAGGAGCUUAUUCCACUUUGUGGUCUGGAGGUCCAGGAUUCCGUUUUGCUACUAUCAAUUUGAAGUCACAAUUGAGUCGAGGUAUUAACUCAACUGUGGAAAUUUACGCUAAAUAAGAAAUUGAAUAAAGUGCAUACAUAAUUUUAUUCAUAAUUUUGAAAAAAGCAGUCCCAGUUUUUCUCAAAUAAAAUCAGCCAAUUAUAAAGAAAAUA